GGGUUUCUGGCUGGGACACAGUGAGGUGGUGAGAUCCUUGGCAACUUCAUGUCCUCAGUUCUUCUACAAGGGCAUGGUCCCUAAGACUGGCCUGGAGCCACCCAACCCAGCUGAGAUCUGCCAGCACUACAACAACCAGUACCAGUUUGCUACCCUGUACGACACAGCCAGGCGCAUUCCUGUGUACUCUGCCUACAUCUACGAGCCUGGAGCUGCCAAGAGAUCUCAGGGCUGGUUGAUUGAGCCCCAGCUGGUGAAUCCAAAAUAUUCCAAAUCUAUGGAAACUGAGAAUAACCUCUUAAAUCGUGAGGACAUCAACAUACAGGACAUCGGCAGUAGCCAGGCUACCACCCAAGACUACGUGGGCCUGAAGGGUUUGACUCGUGGCCAUAUGAACCCCAGUGGCCAUCACAGUAACUUCACCAGCAAGAAGGCUACCUUCACCCUCACCAACAUAGUGCCCCAGAAUGACAAACUCAACAGCGGUGCCUGGAGCCGCUACGAGGUGUCAACGAUGGCCAAGAAGUCUAAGGGCUGUACUACCACCUAUGUCAUCACGGGGGCUGUGCCUGGGAACACCAACAUUGCCAAUGGGAGGGUCAACACCCCCAGCCACAUCUGGUCCAGUGCCUGCUGUGUGACAAAGAGCAAGUUAGUGGCUUGGGCAGGCAUUGCCGAGAAUAACAAGGACAAGGUUCAGCAAAUCUCACUGGGGGAUCUGGAGAAAAUGUUAAGCAAUCUCUACACGAGGGGACGUGUUUCUCUCUUCCACAGUGACUGUCCCCGCCAAUAA